CUUGAUUCAAAUUUUAGGUCAAGUGGAAGAAGGAAAAGGAAUUCAAGAGCUGCUCUCAAGCCUCUAGAAUUCUCUGGACCCCACCUCUUGAGAAGAGAGACUGGCCCAGCUCUGACUCAGUCAACUACAAACUGGACUCUCCUUUUAAGCACCAACAUUACUUGAGCCUUUGGAUAAAACUGAAAGAGUUCACGAGUAUUGUGUACUGUGCAGGAGUCAAGCGGCUGACAACUGGCAGUAAGACAGAAAUAUGGCAGGCCUGAGGCCCAGAACUCAAGCAGACCCUGAAAUUGAGCUUUUUGUGAAGGCUGGGAGUGAUGGAGAGAGUAUUGGAAACUGUCCCUUUUGCCAACGCCUUUUCAUGGUCCUGUGGCUUAAAGGAGUUAAAUUCAAUGUGACUACUGUUGACAUGACCAGAAAGCCUGAAGAGCUGAAGGACUUAGCCCCAGGUACCAAUCCUCCCUUCCUGGUGUAUAACAAGGAGUUGAAAACAGACUUCAUUAAAAUUGAGGAGUUUCUAGAGCAGACACUGGCUCCUCCAAGGUAUCCUCACCUGAGCCCCAAGUACAAGGAGUCCUUUGAUGUGGGCAGUAAUCUCUUUGCCAAGUUUUCUGCGUACAUUAAGAACACGCAAAAGGAAGCAAAUAAGAAUUUUGAAAAAUCUCUGCUCAAAGAAUUGAAGCGUCUGGAUGACUACUUAAACACCCCACUUCUGGAUGAAAUUGAUCCAGAUAGUGCUGAAGAACUCACGGUUUCCAGAAGAUUGUUCUUGGAUGGAGAUCGGCUGACACUGGCUGACUGCAACUUGUUACCCAAACUGAACAUUAUUAAAGUUGCUGCCAAAAAAUACCGUGACUUUGACAUUCCAGCAGAAUUCUCAGGAGUCUGGCGCUAUCUCCACAAUGCCUAUGCCCGUGAAGAAUUUACCCACACGUGUCCUGAAGCCAAAGAAAUUGAAACUACUUAUGCAAGUGUGGCUAAACAGAAGAGUUAGGACAACUCUUCCAGCAGGAAAACUUACCUUUGUUAUCAGAUUUCAUUUAUUGUCAUAUUAGAAAGGUUUUUGGAAACAAGAAUAUGGCAAAUACUGUUUCCUCUAUCCAACUCUCAUUAAAAAGAACUCUGUAUUUUCUGUAUCUAUUUAGCCACAGUCUGCCCACUGUGUAUUUUACAGAUCUUCAUAUUUUUCCUUUAUUUUCUUUAUGCUCAAGGCAUAACCACUACAAUCUUGAAUGACAUGGAAAGCAUCAAGAUGUUUUGCUCUUUGCUUGAAUUCCUAGAAUGCAUUGUGUGUAAGCUAAAAAUAGGUGUCUACAGUUACAAAUUGUAUACCGUAUUUUUUCGCAAAUAAUGCGCCCACGCAUAUAAUGCACG